UGGUGAAAUACGAAUUCCGAAAUAUGGCGUGCCACGUUAACUCUGUUAUCCAAUUAACUCCCGAUUCGCCGCUUUUCCCGAUGGCGGUGAACUUCUCCCUCCAAAAGCUUGUCGUAGUCAUGCACUCUCCCUUUAAAUCUUAUCGAAAGAUUUCUUGCUCGAGUAGAAUGCGAGGUGAUCAAUUUGUUGUGAAAUCUGAAAUGGCGACGGAAAGCCGCCCUAUUGCAGACGAUAGAAUGCUGGUCUUUGUUCCGCCCCAUCCGUUGAUCAAACACUGGGUUUCUGUUCUCAGAGACGAACGAACUCCUAGUGCCAUCUUUAGAAAUGCUAUGGCUGAGCUGGGAAGGCUUCUUAUAUAUGAGGCAUCAAGAGAUUGGCUGCCUACUGUCACUGGGGAAAUCCAAUCACCAAUGGGUGUUGCUUCAGUUGAAUUUAUUGAUCCAAGGGAACCCGUGCUGGUUGUUCCCAUCUUGAGAGCUGGGCUUGCCCUUGUUGAGCAUGCAUCAUCAAUCUUGCCAUCAACCCAAACCUAUCAUCUGGGAAUAAGCAGGGAUGAGACGACACUCCUGCCUAGUAUAUAUUUGAACAAGUUGCCUGAAAAAAUUCCAGAAGGAUCCCGUGUACUCAUUGUUGAUCCCAUGCUGGCAACAGGUGGCACAAUAGUUGCAGCAGUUGACUUGUUGAAGGAUCAUGGAGUUGACAACAAGCAAAUAAAAGUGAUAUCUGCAGUAGCUGCUCCUCCAGCUCUUCAAAAGCUUAGUGAGAAAUUCCCUGGGCUUCACGUGUACACCGCGAUCAUUGAUCCUACUGUAAAUGACAAAGGGUUUAUAAUCCCUGGAUUGGGAGAUGCUGGGGACCGUAGUUUUGGUACAUGAAGAUGUAGGUCUGGGAGUAUGCUGAGUUGAUUUCCUCUACCUGUAAGUUGUUGCAAUUUUGGAAAGAAUAAUAGAAG